GAAGGUGUGAAAAAGUGCAGCAGUUUUUGGUGCAAUGCCAUAUGCGACACAGUGUGACGAAAUGCAAUUGACACUUUAUUAGGUGUCGACGGUGUGAGAUAGCAAAAAUGGUACGUGGCAGUCAUUCGCGCAAGAGCACCUGCGUUCGGGUGGACUUUGAAGGUGUUGGGAGAAGUGUAGAAAAAUAGAAAGAAAUAAAUGAAAAAAUACGUGCCCAAACACUUCACGUAGAUAAAAAUAUACCGUUGUGUGGGGGGAUUCUAUAAACUUUUGGGUGUGUUAUUGCCCUCCAGUGCAGAUGAAGAACUGAGGCGGAGUGUUAAAUUACGUUCGCUAAUUGAGGCGUGCAGCGAUUCCCCCCAACUCCCCGCAGGUUGUGUUCGAUGGUCCAGUUUUGUUUUCUUUAUCCUGCUAUUUGAUAUCACUGGAUGCAGCCUAAUUGCGUCCCCCGGGGAGAAGCUCCUGAUGCGCGUUGAUUGUUGCUUGCGAAGCGCCCUCACCAACGAUGUCGACACUGAUGAGGGCCGUGGUUCAUCGUGCGUGACGCGCGUUAAGGUAUCGUAAAUUAGUGCUCCACGGAAAAGAAAAAAAAGAAAAGACCCCUCCGGAAAAGCAGAUCGAGUGAGGAAUCCCGCGGCCAUGCGAAAGCGUCCACCGGGGCGGCGUUCUCGGUAAAGGCCGGGUGGAACCUAAGGUGCGGACCAUCGGUCGACUCGUUGCCGCCAUGGAGGGGCUGGAAAAUGCGAGUUCCCUGGUGUGGCCCUCGGUGGCCACUGCCUCGUCCGUCCCUUCGAUCGGGCUGCUCCCGGAGGGUCCGUACGAGACCGUUCCGACCGGGUCGACGAUGUCGCUGGAGGUGCUGCUCGGCGUGACGGUGGGGCUGGUGGGCGCGGGCAAUGGAAGCGGCGCACCGGAGAACGACUCGCUCACCGAUCUCUUCCCCCCGCCCAACCCGUGCGAUCCCUUCAAUGUCAACUUCAACUGUUCCAUCGCCGCGUUCCUGGAGUACGCGCGCGGACCGCAGCAGAUGCCGCUUUUCACCGCGCUGUUGGUGACGAUCCUGUUCGUGGGCAUCCUGGUAACCGGGGUGAUAGGAAACUUGAUCGUUUGCCUCGUAAUCGUGCGUCAUCCAUCGAUGCGUACCGCCACCAACUAUUACCUGUUCAGCUUGGCCGUUUCGGAUCUCAUAUUUCUCCUGCUAGGCCUACCGUACGAGAUUAGCCUCUACUGGCAUCAGUACCCGUACAAUCUCGGUCUGCCGUUUUGCAAGAUGCGGGCGCUCUUCUCGGAGGCGUCGACGUACGUCUCGGUGCUGACCAUCGUCGCCUUCUCGAUGGAGCGCUUCCUGGCGAUCUGUCACCCGCUGCACCUCUACACGAUGUCGGGCCUGCAGCGGCCUGUGCGCAUCAUCGCCGGCCUCUGGAUCGUGAGCCUGCUGAGUGCCGUGCCUUUCGCCGUGUUUACCGAAAUCGAUUACAUCGCCUAUCCCCCGACGAACGAGAAAAUCCUCGACUCAGCGUUCUGCGCCAUGCUCAGCAUCCCCGAAGGGUUCCCGCUGUGGGAGCUAUCGUUCUGCCUGUUCUUCGCCUUUCCGAUGCUCAUCAUGGUCGUGCUGUACGGGCGCAUGGGAAUGCAGAUUCGAUCCCGGACCCAGCGAACGGCGGAACUCGGCGUUCGCAACGGCUCGGUUAAUGGACCGUCGAGGGUGUCGCAGUCGCGGAAAGCCAUCAUCCGGAUGCUCGCGGCGGUCGUGAUCACGUUCUUCGUCUGCUGGGCGCCCUUCCACGCACAGCGCCUUCUCUUCCUCUACGCACGCGACUGGCAGCACUACAACACGGUCAACACGUGGCUGUUCUCGGUGGCCGGCUGGCUGUACUACGUGUCCUGCACCAUCAAUCCGAUCCUGUACAACGUGAUGUCGCACCGAUACCGGGUCGCGUUCCGGGAGACGCUCUGCGGGCGGCGGCGCGGUUUCGGGUCCGGAUUUGCCCGCGACCAAUCGAGCUUCCGGGAAACGACGAUUGAUGUCACCAUGGGCGGCGGUGGCAACGGGUACGGGGGCUACGAAAGUUCACGACUGCUGCGUGCUCGAUCCAUGAUGCAAUCGAAACGUUCCCGGUUCCGGGGCAACCUGCAUGCCAACAACAGCAUUCGGUACAAUGAAAACUGCAUACGACGGAACUCCUUGCAGAUUGGCAACAUGCCCGGCAGCCGGAACUCGCUGUCGCCCAACCUGACCACCGAUGUCGUCGUGAUGUUGGAGAGCAAUCUCAACGGGCGGCCCCGCUGCUAUACGACCUCCGCCACGACGCUGGUGACCAAUGUCGUGUCAAGCACCUCAACGGUGACGGAGCAUAGUCUCAAGAUACCGCUGAUAAGCAUCGACAGGCCGCUCGGGCCCGAUGCGGUAGUUCCGGCCAGCGAGCCGGCGAGUCACAGUGACAGCUGCAACGAUAUUGCUUCCGGCAGCCUUCACCACACAAAUAACAACAGCAACGGGUGUAAUAAUAGAAAUUACGAUACUGAAUCUCCCCCGGUACGACCGGAAAACGGUACGGUUGAUCCUCCACGAACGCUCGAUGGUGAGAAGGAUCAAGUGGACCACUCGAGUAUGCCAUCACCCACCGUUACCGUAAUGCUGGCAGAUGAUUCGAUGGAUAGUCCCGUACGAGCGGACCUCGAUGUGGCUGGAGAAGAAGUGAAUUCAUCCCCGGAACCCCCACUGAGCAACCCCGUCGUGCAGUUUGGUGACAGCAGCUGUCACAGUCUGGCAUCCACUAAGUUUCACUAUCUCCACCACCACCCGCAACUGGCGGCCACCGGGCAGCGGUGUGGCGAACCGGACGCCGAUGUCGUGUUGCUCAGCGAUCCCAAACGGGAAACGUGCAUUUAA